UUAAUUAAAUUAAUUAUGCACAAAUGGCCAAAUAGGUGUAACGUAGUCACUGUUUCGACUUUUAUUAUUCCACUUUUCAAUUUCUUUUUCCUCAUUUUUUCCGAUUUCUUGAAAUUUCCUAUCUUAUCUGUACUUUUAGGUUCCCACCCCCCACUCAAAAUAAGUAACAUACACCAUAGGAACCUUCUAGAAUUACCAUUUAUUCAUCCUGCCCAUCUCUCCUCCUUCUCCUUCUCCUCCACACCCACCGCCUCCAUCUCCUUCUUCUCCGCCGUGCAUCUGCACACCAGAUCUGCAUCAGUAGCUUCGUUCAAGUUGAUUUUGGAAUUUAUGGCUCCUCCGCUGCCGCCGGUGGAGCGAAACGGAGGAGAAACGACGGCGGGAGGAGAGGCGCAGAGGAGUGUUCCGACGCCGUUUCUGACGAAAACGUUCCAGCUUGUGGACGACCAGUCGAUCGACGAUGUGAUCUCCUGGAACGAAGACGGAUCUAGCUUCAUCGUGUGGAAUCCGACUGAGUUCGCUAGGGAUUUGCUUCCGAAAUAUUUCAAACACAACAAUUUCUCCAGCUUCGUUCGUCAACUCAACACAUACGGAUUCCGGAAGGUUGUACCCGAUCGAUGGGAAUUUUCCAACGAUUGCUUCCGGAGAGGCGAAAAACGUUUGUUAUGCGAUAUACAGCGCAGGAAAGUUGCGGCACCAGCCGUUGCCGUGCCUUGCACCGCUGUAACGGCCGCUCCGGUUACUGUUACGGUUACGGCUACGCCUGUCGCAGCCGUUACUCCACAGCCUCCGAAGACGGUUUCACCUUCGAAUUCAGGCGAAGAGCAAGUAGUAUCAUCUAAUUCGUCUCCCGGAACAGCCGCGAUGGAUACAUCGCAAGGCGGAAGUACAGCGGAGCUGAUUGGAGAGAACGAGCGGCUGAGGAAGGAGAACAUAGAGCUAAACAAGGAGCUAAGCCAGAUGAAAAGCCUAUGCAACAAUAUAUACGUAUUAAUGUCAAAUUACUCCGGCAGUAACGCCAAUUCCAGCAAUCAAUCGGCGGAAAGCAGCUUGCAAUCCCUAAAACCGCUCGAUCUCAUGCCCGCCACCGGCUGCGGAGGAGAGAACCAACCGGAUCCUGAGGAAACGAGAGCGAGACUAUUCGGAGUCUCGAUCGGGUCAAAGCGGGUGAGGGAAGGCGAGGAUGGAUCGGCAGAGCAGGAUCACGAUUUACGGCUUCAGCAGCCGGGGACGGACGUGAAAUCGGAGCCGUCGGAUCCGGAAAACGGCGAGGAUAACGAAGAGUCGCCGUGGCUUAGACAGUGCCACAGGCAAAAUCAAAGGGUUUGUAAUUGACAGGGAAGGAUGAUGAUGAUGAAUGAUUAGAUCGAUAGAUUAGCUGAGAAUGGCGGAGAGGUGUGAAUCCGUGAUAGGGUCCCUGUACGAGGAGAGGCACGUGCGAGAAUGAGUCACGUGUCUCGGCUAACCUUUGUCUUUGUGGGGGCCAUUUUCCGGAAGCUUCUUAGCCCUUUUUAUAUAUUAUUACCUUUUUUUCUGAUUUGAGGUAAAAUCGCAUGUGUGGCAUUAACUACUUUUCGUACCCAAUAACGGAGUUACCAUUGCGAAUCAACCCUGAAACUUCUACGCCGUUACGUUGUUGUACUAAAUGUCUGUCCAAUAAUAAUUACUACAAUUGUAUUGGUGCUAUAAUAUUUAUUUUAAAAGAAUAUUUUCCUUAUUUUUAAUAUCA